GGAGAGGCAGGAGAGCCGGGAGAGACGGGAGAGAUCGGAGGGGCGAGUGGUUCGCUCGGUGGGAGAAACAGGAGACCCGGGCAGUGCAAGCCGGGCAGCCUGCCCGACGAUAUCGUCGCUCUCGAUAUCGCGGUGAUUCUACUUUUUUUUUUCCUUUCCCCCAUCCUCCGUCAAGAGUCGGACUUGUUACGCCGCGAGUUUUCCUUUUCGCGUUCUAAUAACGCGGGCAUGCGCAUCGUCUCUUUUUCCAGCCACCGAGAAACGCGUAUAUACAAGGCACAUCUUGUACCUUGGAAUUGAUACACACGUAUAUAGAGACACGUAUAUACAUAUAUAUAUCUAUGUAUGUAUAUAUAUAUAUAUGUAUAUAUAUAUAUGUACGUUAUACAGUGUACAUACGCGUAGCAGGUACGAAAGUACGGAGUAGGACGAACGUGUGUUUCCGCGCGCACCGAUAAGAAGACAGUCGAGAGACAGAGAGCAAAAGACACGCACGUUAGAUCGCUACUUACUCGGCCACGUACGUUCGUGGAAUAUAUACGGGAGCACGUGUAUCCAUCCGGAGGGGCAGCUGAAAGAACGCACGCACUUCCCCGCUCGGAAGUUUCCGCAGCUUUCAAGUAACAGAUAAUUUGUCGAGGGAAAUAGUGCGAUGAUACGCUCCGGCGUGAAGCAAAUCCAAGUUGACGGGAAUGCGUUUCUGGGAAAAGGGUGAGCCGAGCGGCUCCACGUUCUACCCAUUUUCGUUGGACCGGCCUUGUUUUCGGUGUAUCGGCAAUUUAUCGUGAAACACAGAGGCGAGGAGAACACGGCAGGGAGCAACACGAUCGGGCAACAACUUUAUGCCGGUAACCGGAGCCGGAAACCAGAAGGAAGGCGCAACAGGGAGCUAAGAACACUUCCGUUUCUUCCAACCGAAGUCAGGCUAUCCAACUUUUAUCAGGAUGUUGCCUGCCAACGUGGUAUCCUUCGUCAAAAAGAUGGUGACGACGCAGCCAGAUUCGGGAACAACCGGAUCGGUUACGCCGGACGAAGGCGGCACCACGUUCAGCAAAUGGAGGCAAUUGGGAAGCGGCGUGAUACGGGACGUGACGAAAUUCGGUCCCGCUAAAGUGACGCCAGUCGAGGAGACUCAACCUAAAGAAGAAACGACCACGGAAUCAACGAAAACGAAGUCGAAAACCGGGGACGAUUGCAGAGUGUGCCGGAAGUCGUUCGCCCCCGAAGAAGCCUCGAGGAUCUGCUGCGAGUGUCAACACAAAGUUUGCGAGGACUGUGCUUGCUACUCGACGACAACGAAUUCCGACGAUCCGUCGUCUUGGAGGUGCAGCGUGUGCCGGCGGAAGCUCGCGUCCCGGGACCAACCGAUCGUUACGCAGGAAUCGACCGAUUCGUUGCUCGAGGUUCCGGUCCUCGAGGCUCUUCAAAGGAGGCACAGCGACGCGAGACUCGGCUGCCAGAGCGGAAGCCAGAUCGGCGGCCUCGGCUCCGGAUUGGCGCCCCCGAGAAGCCCCGAACUCAGAAGGCACUCGGACGUGUCGCCGGCCAGUUUGAAGGAGCUCGAAAAGUUUCGAAAGGUUGCAGGGGAACGCCGCGAGGAGCUGAGAUGGGAGCUGGAUCGGAGCAUCAGGUCCAGGGCGACCUCGCCGGAUCGUCACCAGGUCGAUAAGGGAAGGGCCACCAGCCCCCAGAGAGUUUCCGUCGUCCCGUCCUCCGUCGCUGGAGAGCCAUCGGACGUGCCGUUGGACGGGGACGAGGAGGACGAGCGUCGAAGGCACGUGAGGCGGAGUGGCACGGUUCGCAAGUCUCGUAUGACCAGGCAAAGGUCGUACGACGACGAAAUGAAGAACGUUGCGGCCAUGUCCGGAGGUGGAGCGCAGCACGCGCAUCCGGAGCCGGGCCUGGGGCUUCCGGUGCAGCUGCCUAGGCGGGCAUCGGCCUACGACGUGUACGCGACGCCGGGAGCGGGCGGCCUCAACGCCAUGGCCAUCGCGGCUGCCCAGCAAAGAGCAUCGAUCUCCGCGCAGGGAGGCAGGAAACCUCCGGAAGAAAGGCCGGCCACUCGCAGAUUGUCGUUCCGAGUGGUGAAGCCGUACGAAGUCGGAGCCGAAGAUGAAAGCAUGAUGAAUUUGGAGGCAUCCUCUGUGCCGGUCGUCUCGCCAAAGGUCGUUCCUCCGCCUGUUUUGGGCCCUGACGAGGAACGCCGCACCAGACGAAGGGGCUCCCAACUGCCGGAUAUAAACGCCAUAAAGGGAUUGGCAUCUUCGGCCUCCUCGGCCGCGACAAAAGUCGCCCCUCCGUCGGCUGUGAACAGGGUCGCGGCCGAGGAUCGUGAAUUGGCACGGCAAGGAAGCCUCGUCGACGGGGAAAGUAUCAAGAUCGUUAUCCAUCACGCGGACAAUGACAUGACGCCCUGGGUGAACGCGAAGAGGAGAAUAAAACUGAGAAGAGAUCCGAGUUUGGACAAAGGGCAUAGAACCGCUGGUUUCGGUCUAAGGGUGGUUGGUGGUAAAACAGGGACCGAUGGACGUACAUUUGCAUACGUGAUGUGGACCCUGCCGGAUGGACCAGCGGCAAAAGUUGGUAUACAACGAGGCGACAAGGUGUUAGAGUGGAAUGGAGUGUCUCUGGUGGAUCGAAGCUUCGAGGAAGUGGUUCAAAUAACAGAGCGGAACGACGAUGUGGUCGAUCUGGUGGUCGAGCAUGUUGCCGACACCGGGGACCUGCCGGAGGAUUUAGCCGCGGUACCAUCUGGAAAAGUGCCGGGGAAUCUGGGACUGCUGAUGGAAGGGGAAACGGAUAAAACGCCUUCAUCACCGACGCGCAGGAAACUGCCAAAGACGCCGGAGCAGAUAGCGAAAGAGAAGCAGGUGACGGGCAGGAUACAGAUACAAGUCUCGUACGAGGCGGAUCGCAAGGAGCUGAUCGUCUCCGUUUUCAUGGCGGACGACUUGUGCGCAAGGGAGGACACCGGAUACGGCACGUUGCCGGAGGCGUAUGCCAAAUUGGCCCUGGUUCCGAUCGGCGCCGAUCAAAUUACUUUGAAAACCGUGGUCGCGGAGCCAAGUCAAAAGCCAAUUUGGAAUGCAACAUUGCUUUUCUCCGGGGUUGACGGGGAGAGCUUAAUGAAGCGAGCGAUCGAGGUGACCCUGUGGGAUUUCUGCCCCGACGGCGAUAACGUUUUUCUCGGCGAAUGCACCGUCGAUUUGGAACGGGCCCUCGAAAAUGACAGAGCAGUUUGGUAUCGACUGGAAGACCCCCGUGGGCUUCGCGCGAGCAAAUCGCCCUACUGUUCCCCCCGCGGCUCCCUUUCCAUGGAAAUUGCCCAAAGGUUACUGCGAAAGACUGAGCUGCGCGAAAGAAGUUACAGCGACGACACGCAAAGCGACAGCGGAAGUCCGGAGCUCUGCUUCCUCCACCCGGACCACGCUUGGCAUGCAAAUUCCAGAAGAGGCUCCAGCCAAUCCGAGCAGCUUGAAGUCGAACCGUACGAACUUAACAGGGAUUACAGUAGAUCCUUGCCGGGCAGCCGAAGGAGCAGUUUCCAGAGCCAAGGUGGCACCGACAGUAAACGCGGAAGUAUGGGGGAGACCGAGAUGCCGACGAUACACUUCAACCGAGAUCGGCGACGGAGCUCGUUCACCAGGCCAAUGAGGGACCCGGAGGAAAUUCUGGAGGGUCUACGAUCGUUGAAAGCGGCCAAGAGGGAGCUUGGCAGGACGAUGAGUCUCUCGGGAGACAAAAGACGCGAGAGCCGGCGGGGUGAGCGCAAAGACAGCGUCAUGAAUAUUCCGGAGAGGUUUUACGAUCGCAACAGUGAAUCGGACGAGGAAGAAAAGUGGAGUCAGCCAACGAGAAAUGAAAAUGGCGUUAACGCGAAGCUGGGCCGCGGACAGGUGCCACCAAAGGGAUUCAAGAUAACAGCUGGAGGUCAAAGUGGCGAGGUGAAACUGGGUCUCUGCCUGAGCAAAGGAACGCUUGAAGUCGAAGUUAUAUGCGCUCGAGACAUUUGUCCCGGUGAAAAAGAAGAGCCAGACACGUACGUGAAAACGUAUCUCCGAGACGGCGACAGAUGGCUGCAAAAGCGGAAAACACGGGUGGUGCGACACUCGAGGAACCCGCAAUACCGUCAGACCAUCAAGUACAGCAGCUGCGACGCCCUUGGAAGGAAUCUACUGGUGAUGCUGUGGGAGAAGAAGCAGGCGUUCGAAAGCAACCAAGGGUUAGGCGGGGCCGAGGUGAGCCUCGACCUUCUUCCACUGGCACAGCUGACCGUCGAUUGGUAUCCCUUGUUCCCGAUUCACACCCUCGGCACCCAUACCGCGGACUCCCCAUGAUGGCUGAGGGAAAAAUGGGCCCUCGAGGCGGGGGAACUCGAUCUAAGGCUGAGCCUCCUUCUCAAAGACGAGAACGAGUCUGUCGUGAAAAUUAUCUCCUGAUCGAGUCAAUCCACUCCUACUUUCGACCUUUCGACCAAUUCCCUUCCGUUUCCUCCAUUCCUCCUUUCGUUCUUCUUCAAAAACGAAAUAUAUCUCUUUUUCCACCGAUUAUUUUAUUUUAGAAUCUUCAUCAAAAUCCAGAGCAAUCGAAGAUACAUACAUCGGAUAUAAUUUCGAAUCCAAUUCGGAUUCCGCGUAACAAUAUUUUCUGUUUAUUUGAUCUCACGAGACAAUCAAAUACCCCGAUGGAUGAUUCAUCAUUCACGGGAGAUUCCCAAUAGAGUCGAAACUUUUUUCCCCACUUGUUUCCACUUUUAAUCGCAACUUUUUUAGCGCGGUUGAUUUUUAAACGAGUCCUUCGUAUAUGGAAAAGAAAAAAAAAAAAAAAAGAAAAAAAAAUCGAAGAGCAAAUCGAUAUCCAAUAUCGAACUCUCCACAGACCAGCAAUUUUUCACCUUUCCUGAAUUCGUUCCCGAAUAUCCUCCAAGCAAUAAGGACGUACCUGUGUGCAGAUCUAUCUCCACGAAGAAGAAUCUAUCGAAGCGAGCAAGAAAUUACGAAAGAGAGAGAGAGAGAGAGAGAGAGAAAGAGAGAGACAGAGAAAAGAGAGAAAAAGAGAUUCUAUUUUUUUCAUGAAUUAUUAAAAGCACGGAGGCAAAAGAGGGAGGGAGAGGAACGAAGAUGCCACGUCUUGAACAGACGACGAGGGUCCAUUUUUCUCAUUAAUUAAGGAACGACAGUGUCGAACGAGAGACGAUCGACAUCUGUCACGGAAAAUGCGCGUGCUCUGCUGGUUGAUCCAGAUUUGCGAUUCGAUCGGGUCUCGUGGAUAACGUACGAACCGAUUUGCAUACGAUGAAAUAAAA